GGCAACAAUUGACUGCAGUCGUGAAGCAUGAACUCUGUAACGUAAGAAACAAAAAACAAUAGUGUACUCUACGUUAAUGCAAAUGAGAAGAUGCAGGGCUUUUCGGCUUUUUUUGUUUUAACCGGCAGUGUUCGGGGUGAACAGAGCAUGACAGCGUCUCGCAAGGCAAGCAGCUGUCCAGUCUGGAAAGGAAAGGUCGCGGAGAACGCACGGACAACUGACGAUGAAUAAGCUGCACGCAAUCAUCGGCACCGUUUGCUUAGUGUGCUUCCUGCAUCAAUGCUACAGCGUGCUGGAGGUCUACCUCGAGUACAACUUCAGUGUCACCAUGGACGAGCGACAGCGGAACGAUUACAUCGUUUUCCCCGCAGUCACAGUGUGCGUCGACGGCUGGCUCAGCACCGAAAAGCUGUGCAAAUACAGGCCUAACAAGUGCCACAAGCACGACAUGAUGGAAGCCCCGGGCUUGUACAUAGUACAGUCCAUGCCAGUCCUACGGAAUGCCACAACGUUUCCAGCCCAGGAGCUGUUCUCUUGCGUGAUGACGGCUGGCGGAGCGAGGUGCCCCGCUUACAACUGCAGCGACAGAAUUCAGAGCACGUACUACAGGCUCCCAUCGCAGCUGUGUUUCACGUUCGACGUGAACGCGAUACCGCGAGAGGAACACCCUUUCCAGGAUUGUCCAAGUCAGUGGGACUGGGAGCUGGAGCUUCGCUACAGAUUCUCUAAACGGGACACGAUGCUGUUUCUACCAAAGUGGGUGUACCCGCUGUUCGUGCACCAAACAGGACUCAGCCCUCCCGACCAGCUGUCCGCAGUGCAGCUGCUCCCGGGAAAGGUCAUCCACGUCACCGUCAAGCAGUUACGCACCUUCCGACUGCCGGCGCCCUACAAGAGCAUGUGCACGGACUACAGGGCGCUGGGCACUUUUCCAGAAUUCAAAGGCAUGCUGAACUACGACAUUUGCAUGCAGAAGUGUGCCAUGGAGCUGGAAGUGAUCCACUGCGGCUGCGUCCGAGUUACGCACGAGUUCACGGCAAGUUACCCCGCUGCGACGUGCGAUUUCACCGCGUCAGGCAGCUGCUUCGCUGCGCUUACUGCAAAUGGGACGUACGCGAAGUGCAAGCGUUCCUGCGGACUCCCCUGCGAGCAGAUCCACUACGACGUCCGCAUUACCGAGAUUUCUAAUGAACAGGGCCCGACAAGAAAGACUCGGGAGAGCUUCACGCUGAAGCUGCGCUUCCGCUCAGACAUCGAGGAGCUGGUGCUCUAUCAGCCGACGCUUACAAGGAUCGAGUUUAUCGCUUACGCCGCUGGCUACCUGGGCAUAUGGUUGGGCUUGUCGGUGAUGACAUUUCUCUUGGACAUGCUGGGCAUUAUGAGAAUACACAAGAGAGCAAUAGAAGAAGCGUUCGGCGAUAUCUGGACGAAGAAAGACCUGCGUUUACGGCUCAAGAACCGAGAGAGGUGGACUGAUCGCGUAAUCGACAUACGCUAAGCACCGUAGUUUUCACAUUUGCAAUACGUCACUGCAGAUCUGAAGCCAGACGAGAACACAAAUAUAUUGACCGGAAAGUUGGAGCUGGGCAAGUGCUGGCAUUGCGCACUUCGGUGACAUUGUGUCCGUCUGUAGGCGAAUAAACUAAGCGUUUGUUAUGCGCGACCAUGACAUAUAAUUAGUUGAUUGUUGCAUUUAAAAGCUGCGAUAAAUUUGACGAGGACAUAUGCAAACACGAGAAAUGAGGAAAUUAAUUGCGCAGGCAUCGCGGCAUGUUUUGAGGCAUACCACAGAAUGGAACACGCUUUUUAAUUAAUUCCGUCGUAGCAGCACAAAUGGCGCAUGCGCAAAUGCAAGUCGGUGUUGUUAUAUUACGAAUGCUGAUCACAGUCCUGUCCUAAGGAGCGCCGGUAAUAAGGAACGGCCGCCGGGAUGUCGAGGCUUUCGAGGACUGGAGACCGGGAGCCUUCUAGGUUUUAUUUUCUCUUAUUUGAAUACGAAGUGUACACAAACUAGAAAGCACGUCUCCAGCGUCAGAUUCGCUAGUUUGUGUAACACCCAUGUGAUGUAUUCAGAAGCGCUUAGUGUUCAAGCUAAAGCAUGUUUAGGUGCCGGUUACACCAUGAUCAUGCGUCUGAAUUAAAAAAAAAAGAAAAAUGGGACGUAGGAACUGUUCUAAGUGAUUUCUCCAUGGUUGUGUUUCCAUCAGGCGUGAUACCGACGUUCUGUUUUUUUAUUUGCUUCUGCCAUUUCUAAUCUUCUGAUGUUCAUUGAUGGUGCAAUAAAAUUGUAUGCAGUAUCACAUCAGUAAAAGGGUGUUUCAGCGAACACCUUCGAA